AUGGCAACUCGGACAUCAACUCGAUCAACUAAAGCGGUCAAAUUUGUCGAUUCAGCUGAAUCAGACGAAGAUGAAGACUUAGAUAAAUCCUCGGUAUUACCAAUAAAUAGUGUUAGUAAGAAACCUCGAGGUCGACCACCGAAGUCUCGUCGAAGUCAGCCAAAUGACGAUGAAGAAUGGGACGGAGGAAACGAACAAAUCGAUGAAGAAGACGAUGAAAUUCACGAAGAUCAUAAAAUUGAUAUUGAACGAGAUGUUACGAAAACCAUGCAUAUGAAUAGAUCAACAGAUUCCGUUUAUGAUUUUGGUGAAACAUCAAGGAAAUGGACGAAAUCUACACCACAAAGGAAUAAUAUUGUAUCGAAAGCAAGUGUUAGUGAUAGUGGAAAAACGAUGGAAAAACUGAUGUGUUCGUAUUGUAAUUAUACAACAACGAAAAAAUAUCUUCUUCAAAGACACUUAAAAUCUCAUUCAACUGAACGACCACAUAAAUGUGCAUAUUGUGAUCGAUCGUUUAAAACAACUAUUCAAUUAACUAAUCAUGUUAAUACGCAUCUGGGUGUUAAACCAUUUCAAUGCAAAUUUUGUGCGUUUUCAUUUACAACAAGUGGAGAACUGAUUCGACAUGUUCGAUAUAAACAUACACUGGAAAAACCACAUCGAUGUGAAGAAUGUGGCUAUGCAACAGUUGAAUUAAGUAAACUACGACGACAUAUUCGUACACACACUGGAGAAAAGCCCUACGCUUGUCCGCAUUGUUCGUAUUGUAGUCCGGAUACGUUCAAAUUAAAAAGACAUUUGCGUGUGCAUACAGGUGAAAGACCAUAUCAAUGUACAAUUUGCAAUUUUCGAUUUACCCAAAGCAAUAGUUUAAAAGCUCAUAUGUUAACUCAUCAAGCUGAAAAACCAUCAUUUCCAUGUUCGUAUUGUCCAUCUGUCAUGGCUCGAAAAUCUGAUCUUCGUUAUCAUGUUAGUAAACAACAUUCCCGUCAAUCAGAACCAUUGCCGUGUAACAAAUGUGAUGAAGAUUUUCCUGAUAAAUAUACAUUACGUAUGCAUGGAAAAACACACAAAGGUCAAACAAUUCAUUCGUGUACUAAUUGUGAAUUUUCUGCUAAUACAAGUCAGCAAUUAGAAGAUCAUAUGAAUAAACAUCGUGGCACUCGUCCAUUCCAAUGUAGUGAAUGUGGCUUGAUGUUUGCUGCUCGCGCUGAUUUACGUGCACACAUUACACGUACGCAUAAGAAUGCUUCAGCAGCAAUCGUAACGAAUCCACCAACGAUUGGAAAUCGUCGUCCACAACGACGUGCAGCAUCAUUACAACAUCGUUAUAUUGGUAUGUCAUCAGGUCCUGAAGAUGAAGAACAACAACAUGAAGAAGAAGACGGUUAUCAUUGUUCAAUAUGUCAACGACAAUUUACAUCAGCACGUUUAUUAGAUCGACAUACAUUUGCUGUACAUGAACAAAAACAUGAUGUAUAUGAUGAAAGAGAUUAUCAAACAAAUGAAAUAAAUGAAGAUGACGUUCACGAUUAUGCUGAUGAUGAACUUGAAGAAAAAAUCAAUCAUAAGAUUAUUAAUAAAAAUGAAAAUAUUGUUGAAGGAAUGGAAGAAGAUGAUUAUGAUGAAGAAGAGGAAGAUUUAGCACCACACGUUGAAGAUAUUGCUGAAGGUGAUGAAGAUAUGGAACAAAUACCGACGAUUAAAUCAGUAUCAUCAGCUAAUAAAAAACAAAUUGGAAUAAUAAGAAAAUCUGAUGAUCAGGAAAGUUUCUCAGAUAAAAGAAAGUUUAACAUUAAUAGAACUACAUUCAUACCCAACGAAGAUGAAAAACCCGACUUAGAUGUAUUCGGUUUUGAUGGAUAA